CCCAGGCGGCUCCGCAGCUCCUUCAGUGCCCCGAGCCCGCGCACAGCGACAGCGCCCAGCCCGCCACGGCCCCGACACACGGCUGCCAGCCUGCCUGCUGCGGGACACAGCCGCCACACACAGCCCGCCACGGCCCCGACACACGGCUGCCAGCCUGCCUGCUGCGGGACACAGCCGCCACACACAGCCCGCCACUGCCCUCGCCGUCCCGUUUCACUGGGACCCCUAAAAUGGUUAUUUACUACUUUGAACUGUAUCAGCUACACACCACGUGGGAAUAAGUCCAUUCGCCUUUAAACAGCCUUGGCCUCUGAAAACGGAACUGUCCAAACUUUUAUUUUAGGGAUUUUUUUAUACUCUUCUAAUUUAUAUGUCCUCACACAGGAAGGCCACCCUUUAAUACCGGCCUCGGGUUUAUGCAGAGUGAUGGGAUUGCAGUGCAACACAUAUCGAGCUGCUUGGUUUUCAGCAUCAGUCUCAUUACACGGUUAGAAAUAUGGGAAAUUCCCCGCAGCUCACGUCCAGGGCAGCAGCCACACAACUUGAUGUUACAACGCACUUUGGAAGUUUUUUGACCGAGUACAAAGAGAAAAAGCAUACUGGCAGAUGUUUUAUCCAACCACUCUAAGAACACGUACCUUCAUUAAAACAAUGAUUUCCUAUUUCGAAUACUAUACCUGCUUCUAAGUAGAGCUCCAUUAAUAAGUUUAGAACUUCCUAAUAUCAUACUAGAUAUACUUUUCUCAGCUUAGGCAGUUAGUGUAGCCAAGCAUUAAUACCCCGAUCAUUCUUUCAUUUGUCCUUGCUUUCUACAUCUCAUAGAACUUUUCUGCUGAAAAAUCUUAGGGCUACCGCUUAGCUUUCAUUACAGUUCUGCUGUUUCUGAGGCCUGCUUUUUGUCACUUUCUCGAAACCCUCAAAUUUUAAAUAUCCCCACAGAAAACUGUGCUUUGAAUCACAGCUGAAGUUGGAAUUCACUUCUUACAUUUUCAUCUCAUUCACAUGUUUUCCCGAACAACCUUGGAUGUGCAGUCACCUCCUUUCUGAAACGGUAGAACAUCUGGAAGAGAAGAGAAAAAAUCCUUUGGAGUACAGGAGCAUUUCAAAUAAUCAAAAGGCUCUGUCACUCCCACCUUCCGCCUUAAACUGAUUGAUCGAUUUUCCUUCAGGUAAAGAACCUCUGAGUUAUUCUGAAAAGCAGAUUCCAGGGAUUACCAAUGCUGCAAGUGUUACAGGGAGACCCCAUUUCCCUUGGGGACAGGAGCCUUUAAGCACCUUCAGGAAUUCAUUGCAACGAGCAAGUUCAAGCAGAGGCCACAGUCAGGCCAUGUGAAAGUCGAGAGUGUCUGGUUCUCUAAGGUUCACAUCACGUCCAUUUUCCUUUCUAAUAGAAGAAUAAAGAAAAGAGAAAGUGAUGACCAGAGCACACAAUGACACCAAUGUAGCAGUAGGUGAUAGGGAAAUGAAAGUAGUAGCUCAGAGCUCAUUAAUAUCUAAUUGAUGAUUCUUUAGGAAGCAGCGGUCGUGCCUGCGAAUUGGCUCAGGAUGAACUUUGUAGGUGGCAAAGGAUUAGAGAUGAUGAGAGAGAAUAUCGAAGACCCAGGAAAGGAGAGACUGCAGUGCUGUGUCUCUGGGAUCAGCAAGGAUGGUUGCAAAUUUCUAAGCACAAAUACUGGGAAGAAUCCUCAUCUCCCAGUGCGUGUCUGUCCAUCUUUACUUGGUUCCAAAGCUAAGAAUGCACAAUCUUCGAAGAAGGCCGUAGAAUUUCAAGCUUUCACCUGAAAAAUCUAUCAUAACCUCAGGACCCUCCACUACUUAGAAACUCCUUCUAAACCACAGAGCAGUGCAACACCUGCAUGAAAAUUAUCACUAUCAGCAGUACUGUUCAGGUUAUUCCAGAUAGAUAUCAGAGAAAAACCCGUUUCAGGAAAACCAAAAUAAACACUAUAGGAUCACUCUGCCGUUGACAUGGAAGAGAAGGUGGCACUGAGGGACCUGGGAGAGAGGCAUUUGUCCCAGGCAGAUGAAGAAGGGCAGGGCAGAAGGGGCACAGACACACGAGUCCCCUGUUCCCAGAGGAAAUUGCAAUGAGCCCAGACAGCUGAGAAAGCUCAGUGGGAAAGAAGCCGCUGAGCUCGCCAAUGGGCAGCACGGGGUGUGCAGCAGAGCUGGCGAUUGCAGCUGCGGAGGUGAGGAGUGCAGUGCGAGCUGAGCGGGAAGAGCCCCUUGCCAUGGCUGAGGCCGCAGAGGCACGGAAUGCUCCGAAUGCCAGUGGCUGAGGGAGCCACGGCGGCUGCUGCUGGACGAGCGAGAAACGCAGCAGGAGCAUUUCAGGCACGGCAAGGACAGGCCAUUGCUCUGCCUGCUGCCGCUGCUGCUCCCGCUGCUCCCGCACACAGUCGUUUCCGGCACCUCUGCUCUCUCGCCGCUGCGACGUGCUUUCUGCCUCUUCCUCACUCAGCAAACACGCAGCUUGCUCUCGCCAUGCACCUCGCACAUCUCAUCCUCACCGUCUUCCUGGCACAGCUCCUCGUGGCUUCAGGAAGAGCCCAGGUACAGCAGGAGCCUUUCCUGGAGACCACCGAGGGCACGGGAGUCAAUAUCAGCUGUUCACACCCCAGCAAACGGAGAGGCGAUUACAUCCAUUUCUACCGUCAUCUCCCGGGCCAAAGUCCCGAAUUCCUCGCACUCACUGCUGGAGGGUCCAAGGAUGUGCCGGCCAUAGCAGGAAAGCUGUCGGUGUCGGAGGACGGGCAGAGCAGCGCGCUGUGGCUCAGGCGGCCCCGGCGCGGGGACGCGGCCGUGUAUUACUGCGCGCUGGUGGCACGGGCAGAGGAGCCGGGGCUGCGGCCGGGCACGAACCGGGGCGGGCGGGGCCCGCAGGGGCCGGGGGCACAGCGCCGCCCGCGGCCAGCAGGGGGCGCUGCCGCUCCGCCCGCCGGGCCCCAGGCGGCUCCGCAGCUCCUUCAGUGCCCCGAGCCCGCGCACAGCGACAGCGCCCAGCCCGCCACGUCCCUUUUCCGUCUCGUUGGGAACGUCUCAGGUAUUCUGAAAAGCUGA